UUGUUUGUCUUUUUUUUUAUGGAGGGAGUACUCUUUUCUCAAAGUAGUUGUACCUCCCAAUAUGAUGAUCUAUGACCACGAGACAUGACAACACCAACAAUGACCCCGACCAAAAGCAACCUCAGUACGCUCUGCUCAGUGCUUGGGGUCCUAGCUGCUCCUAUUUGGUGCGUGAAGCAAUUCUCACUCUUUCUUCGUCUACUAGGAGAGGCGAAGUAGCCAACUAACCGCGGCGAUGUCGGCGGUUGAGAGGAAGACGGCGUGCGUGACCGGCGGCAGCGGGUAUAUCGCUUCGGCGCUCAUCAAGAUGCUGCUGCAGAAGGGAUACGCUGUCAAGACGACAGUCAGAAACCCCGAUGAUAUGGAGAAGAACUCUCAUUUCAAGGAGUUGCAAGCACUAGGCCCCUUGAAGAUCUUCCGCGCCGACUUGGAAGAGGAAGGCAGUUUCGACGAGGCAGUUGCCGGCUGCGAUUACGCCUUCCUCGUCGCCGCUCCGAUGAACCUCAAGUCUCAGAAUCCUGAGAAAGAACUGUUGGAAGCCGGCGUCCAAGGCACUCUGAACGUUCUGAGGUCGUGCGUGAAAGCCGGCACGGUUAAGCGCGUGAUCCUCACAUCGUCGGCGGCCGCCGUCUCCGGCCAGCCGCUGCAAGGAGACGGCAACGGCAGCAGCCAUGUCCUGGACGAGUCGUCCUGGUCCGACCUCGACUACCUCAGAUCAACCAACGGGAUAUCUCCUGCUCAGGCUUACGCGAUCGCCAAGGUUCUCUCGGAGAAGGAAGCGAGCAAGCUGGCGGAGGAGAACGGCAUCAGCUUAGUGGCGGUGUGCCCGGUCGCCACCGUCGGCGCGUCGCCGGCGCCGGUGGCCAACGAGAGCGUCGCCAACGUCCUCUCCUUGCUGUCCGGCAACGAGGAGAUCAACACCCUGAGAAUGAUUGACCAGUACUCCGGCGGGCUGAAGCUGGUUCACGUCGACGACCUCUGCCGCGCCGAGAUAUUCCUCGCCGAGAAAGCGUCGCCGUCGCCGUCGGGGAGGUACAUCUGCUGCGCCCUCAACACCACCAUGCGGCAGAUCGCCCGUUCCCUGGCCGCCAAAUACCCGCACCACAACGUUGACAUCGAUGCACUCGGCGGCGGCCUCCCUGAGAAGCCGACGAUCCUCCUCUCGUCGGAGAAGCUGACCAGUGAAGGGUUCGAGUUCAUGUACAAGACGGUGGAUGAGAUGUACGAUGAUGCCUUCGUGGAGUACGGCAUGGCACUCGGGAUUCUGCACUACUGACGCCGACGACAAUGCUGUUACUACCCAGCUUCGCAACCAAACGGCUCUUGCAAAAAUAAGUAUGUGUAAAACAGCAGUGAAUUUGUUCCCAUCCGCUUUUAUGAAAAACGUGCCUAUUGACACGUCAAACUGUUCAAUAAAAUUGUGCUCCUUUCAACAUUUUCUCAA